AUGCCUCGUCUCUUCUCUCUAGGCUUGACAGCUUUAUCUUUGCUGUCACCUGCUCUCGGCUACCUCAAAUGUACAGAAACUUUGCCUACCGUUGAUGUCCACACUCUGUACAGCUUUGGCAACGGAACCUGGGCAGAGAACCUUGCGAUUCGAGCCAAUGGUGACAUUCUUGUGUCGCGCCUCGACGUCCCUGAGGUACUUUUACUCGACCCUCUGGGCGUUAGAGACCCAAUCACAAUCGCCUCCUGGGACGCCGAUACCUACAUGGGCUGUCUAGGUAUCUCUGAAACAACGACCGACGUAUUUUACGUAAUCACAUCAUCCUUCAACAAUGAGAGCUUCGUGCGCACUUCGGGCGUCAACAGCAUCUGGGAAAUUAACCUGAGCGCAUUUUCCUUCAUCGGCCCAUUACACAAGAUCGUCACAAAACCGACAGUCAAGAAGCUGGUUGAUGUGACGACUUCGGACUUCUUGAACGGCCUUACUACCCUUUCUGAUACUGCCAUCCUUGCUGGAGAUGCCUACAAUGGCUGGGUGUACUACAUUGACACAACUACUGGCGCUUACCACAUUGCCGUCAAUGAUGAGAAGAUGAAGUUUGACUCCAUCCCUAACCCGCCAACCAACCUUGGUGUCAACGGCAUCAAGGUUCACAACGGAUACCUGUACUGGUCUAACACAGCAGUCGGUACUUUGAACCGAAUUCAGAUUUCAGAGUCGGGUGUCCCCUCGGGUGAAUCUGAAGUUGUCGUCGACAACGUCCCGAAGGCCGACGACUUUAUCUUCCGGAGUGACAACACCAUCUUCAUGGCGCAGAACCAGAUGGAUGAGCUCAGUGUCUUUUUCCCUGAUUGGUCUGAUGCCGAGGUUCUCGCUGGAAGCAACAUUUCCACCACUCUGGCAGGUGUGUCUGCUGCCAAGUUUGGUCGGCUGCCCGUUAACGAGCACAUCCUUUACCUGACUACCAGCGGAGCCGAGGGCAAGCCAAUCAAUGGCUCUGUGACAGUUCCAGGAACUCUCUCAUGGAUCGACACACAGCUCAUCUAA